GGCCAUGGCGUGUCCCCUGGAGCAGGCGCUGGCCGUGGUGGUCGCCACCUUCCACAAAUACUCCGGCAACGAGGGCGACAAGUACAAGCUCAACAAGGCCGAGCUUAAGGAGCUGCUGAACAAGGAGCUGCCGGUGUUCGGGAGCAAACAAAUGGACGAGGCCGAAUUCAAGCGGCUCAUGAACGACCUGGACCACAACAAGGACAGCGAGGUGGAUUUUAAGGAAUACGUUUGUUUCCUGGCCUGCAUCACCAUGGGAUUCAACGAAUUCUUCAGGGACGACCCCAGCAAGCAGCACCGCAGGAAGUGAGCAGCGACCCCGGC